AUGAUUGAUCAGUCAAAAGCUGGAUUAGUAGGAUUUUCAAAAUUAGUUUUCGUCGAAUCCACAAAUCACAUAUGGAAAGAUGUGAGUUUUUGUUUCUUCAACAACAAAUACAAAAUAUUAUUGAAGAAAACACCAUUUGCAGGUAGACUGUUAUCAAAAUCCUUUCGCAUUUGCCAAAAAGUACGUUGGAUCGAAAACGAUGGAAAAAAUUCAGAAUUCCAAGAAGGCUUUGAAAAUUUGGAUGGUCUUCAUCAAUAAAUUCCGUUCUAUUUAUCGAAAAUUUGGAAAUUCGUUGAAAACUUGUGAAAAUAUUGAAGAUGCAGUUAGAAUGAUGCUGAAAAAAGGAAAUGAUAUUGGUUUCAAUCUGGAUAUUUUCGAAAUUUUGAAGGGAUUUUUGCCGGUUUUGGGAUUUACUAAAUCGAAUGAAGCACUCUUCUCGAAAAACGAUUUGGAUCAAUUCUAUGAAAAAUGUCCCGAAUUCUGGUUGCGACAAAUCACAAAAUUGGAAGGAGAAAUGAAGGAAAUCAUCAUUUUUUCGAUGUUGCGAAUCUUAAUUUUUUCCAUAAUCGCAACAAUUCAGUAAGCUUUUGAAGCCAAAAGUAUAGCCACAAGUUUCGGUUUUUCAGAUCUAUUGGAAAUUAUAAAAUCGACAAGAAAAAGAGAAUUUUCACUGGAUUUGUUUUGCAUCGUGUUGUAAAAACAGGAAAAAUUUCACAAGUUCAAACAAAAGAAAAUGUGGUAAUUGGACAUGAUUGCGGAAAGGAAAGUGUGAAGAUCGGAAAUUGUGAAAAUCAGGCAGAAUAUAAAAGUGAAGCCGCAAUUUUUAAAGAUUUUUCUUCGAUUUCAAACAAAAAACGAUCAAGUGUUAGAAAUCCCGAUGAUUUUGAUGUGGUUUUGGAAAUUGAUGAGGGAAUGAAAAAAGAAGAACCAGCCAAAAAACGUGGAAAAGUUAGUUUUCAAUCAAUUUUUCAUUGAUAAUUUCUCAAUAUUUCAGAAGAUCGACGCAGAAUUUCAAGCAAAAAGUCCAUUGGUAAGUUUUUUGGUGAUUUUUUUCAGCAAAAAUAAAAUCUGAUAUUAAAUUAUUUCAGAAACCACCUCCGAAUCCAUGUGCGCCUCAAUUCGCCGAAUUUUUGGUUCGAAGUCAAAAAGAUCCAAAUUUGUCGGAAAACUGGAAGGAAAAGAUUAGGCAAGUUUUGGCGGAUAACUUUAGACUUUUGGAGGAUUCCAAAACAGCUAAAUACCAGUUUGAAGAAGCUAAAAAAGUUUGCGGAUAUUGA